CCCUUCUAUAUGAUUGAAGGUCAUGAACUCAAUCAUACUGCAUUCUUAUUGUUUCUGACAAACAGGUAGAUACAAAAACAUCUCAAUGGGAAGAGAAAACCAGAGCUUUGUAGAUGAGUUUGUGUUGCUGGGCCUUUCACAAGAUGCACAGACUCAGAUCCUCCUGUUCAUCCUUUUCUUCAUCAUUUACAUUCUGACUGUACUUGGAAACCUGCUCAUCAUUGUCCUCAUCCUCACGGAUUCUCGACUCCACACCCCCAUGUACUUUUUUCUUAGAAAUCUUUCUUUCGCAGAUCUGUGUUUCUCAAAUAGCAUUGUUCCUCAAGUGCUGUCCCACUUCCUGGUAAAAAGGAAAACUAUUUCCUUUUGGGGCUGUGUGACACAGGUAAUUGUCUCCCUUCAGAUUGGGUGUACAGAGUGUGCACUGCUAGCGGUGAUGUCCUAUGACCGGUAUGUGGCUGUGUGCAAACCACUGCACUACUCCACCAUCAUGACCCAACAGCUAUGCCUGCAGUUGGCCCUAGGGUCCUGGGCCAGUGGGCUCCUAGUAUGUUUGGUAGAUAUUUCUGUUGCUUUCCAUCUUCCCUAUCAAGGGCAGAACAUAGUCAGCCAUUACUUUUGUGAACUUCCUGCACUCCUGAAGGUGGCUUCAGCAGAUACCUACAGCACAGAAAUGGCCAUCUUUGCAAUGGGUGUGGUAAUCCUCCUAGCACCUGUCUCCCUCAUCCUCAUCUCCUACUGGAACAUCAUCUCCACUGUGAUCCAGAUGCAGUCUGGAGAGGGGAGACUCAAGGUGUUUUCAACCUGCGGAUCUCACCUCAUUGUUGUUGUCCUCUUCUAUGGGUCUGCAAUAUUUAACUAUAUGCAGCCAAACACCAAAACCAGGAAGAAACAGGAUAAGAUAAUGUCUGUGUUCUAUACAGUGGUGACUCCAAUGCUAAACCCCAUAAUUUAUAGUCUUCGGAACAAGGAUGUCAAAAGUGCCUUCAGGAAACUAGCUGCAAGAGUGGUCUUCUUUCAGAAGCAAUGACCUGUAGGUAUGGUUUUUAUCACCAUGGUAACAUCUUUGAAAAUGGGGCAGGAUUUUUCU